UCGUCACGGCGUGCGGGCGGUGCUGCCCGUGGCCGAGGGCGCCGGGCCAUGGCCUCGUCCGUGGUGCGCGCCACGGUGCGCGCUGUCAGCAAGCGCAGGAUCCAGGCGACCCGCGCCGCCCUCACGCUGACCCCUUCUGCUGUCCAGAAGAUAAAAGAGCUUCUGAAAGAUAAGCCUGACCAUGUAGGUGUGAAAGUAGGUGUUCGUACAAGGGGAUGCAAUGGACUUUCUUACACAUUAGAAUAUACAAAAUCGAAAGGAGACUCUGAUGAAGAAGUAGUUCAGGAUGGGGUUAGAGUGUUUAUUGAAAAGAAGGCACAGCUGACACUUCUAGGAACUGAAAUGGACUAUGUAGAAGACAAACUGUCCAGUGAAUUUGUCUUCAAUAAUCCAAACAUCAAAGGAACAUGUGGCUGUGGAGAAAGCUUUAACAUCUGAAAUCUCAGGACUACUUCUUUGACUUAGAGCAGCCCAAAACACUUAUUGUUAUGACUUUCAGAAGCAUAUGCAUUUCCUUCAGGUUUGUAGGCUGCGUAAAGUGGGGAUACUAUUAAGAAAAAUAAACUUAAAUAUUUGAAAAUAUAAGCUGUGUAUUAAAUUCUACCACUGAUGUAGUUAUGCUGUAAUUUGUGAUGAAUUGGGAUUUAAAAGGUAAGAACAGUAAGUACUGCAGUAACAUCUUUGUACUUCCACUUGCCAAGGAAAUAAAAUUUCACUGUUGUUUUUCUCUGUCAUUUUCUUUGUCAAUCCUACUCAUACGUCCCUGUUCAAAACCAUUUGAAAGAAUACAUUGUGCUCUGCUUUGAUUUGGGGAAAACAAACCAAUGAAAAAAAUUGCAACCAUUUCUAUGUAUUUAUAAAGAUUUACACAUAAAAGCUCACAGUUCUUACUUACUUUGUAAUUUUCCAGUGCUUUCAUCUUUUUACAAGUGCAUUUUCUGUUGGUUUAUUUUCCCUUAAAUUCAGGGAAAUAAAAGUGUUGUUCGUGUAUUAAUAUAGUGGUAGGCUAUGGUAGUGCCUGUUGUAGAAAUGCUUUGAAGAGGGCUAGCCUAAUUUUAAUUAUUUUCCUUUCUUUGUUGAAGGCACAAUCCCUUCUGUAGUUGGUCAUUUUCAAAGCAUGAAGUAUCUGGGCACUUGAGGGCUAAAAAGUUAUACAUAGGCCUUGUUUUUCACAUUUCAGUUUUUUUCUUGCCUCAAGUAAUUUACAAGGGUGAUAGAACUGCUUCCACAUUCUCAUUUCCCAUGUUCACAGAAUGUGCUGUGUUUGCACCAAAAUCUAUGAAAACUUUUAUUGAGACACAAAUCUCAAAUUUCUCAUUACUUUUUUUUUUUUUUUGGAAAUCAUGCAUGCUACUAAUUUUGUUAAACUUUGAACACUUUUCCGUAACUCUCUAGGUAGGAGAAUUUUUUCACCAAAGUUUAUGGUCCCCUCUGUUUGACUCCUGUCUUUGAUUUAACUUGAUAACAGGAGAAAAAGCAUUUUUUAAUUA